UAAGCUCUCUCUCGCUAAGUCUUUUCAGUCUUUCAUAAUUCCAUUUUUACCCCUCUUUCUCUCUCAAAAAAACACACAUCAUCAAACCAUACAUUUGUCUGCUCUCUUCUUUUCUUCUUCUUACUUCUUCUGCUUCACACACACAUUCUCUCUCUCUCUUUCUCGAUUUUCAAGAUCACUCUUUCAUUAAAUGGAGUCAGAUGAUUGUUCUGUUAAAGUUGCUGUCCACAUCAGACCGCUCAUCGGCGAUGAACGGCUUCAAGGUUGUAAAGAUUGUGUCACUGUCGUUUCCGGUAAACCACAGGUACAAAUUGGAUCACACUCCUUUACUUUCGAUCAUGUAUAUGGAAGCUCUGGCUCUCCAUCUACUGAAAUGUAUCAAGAAUGUGCUGCACCGCUUGUUGACGGUUUAUUCCAAGGCUACAAUGCUACGGAUUCCCUUGGAGGCAACAGCAGAACUGUAAUGAUAGCUUGCAUCAGUCCUGCAGAUAUUAAUGCGGAGGAAACACUUAACACUCUUAAAUAUGCAAACCGUGCUCGAAACAUCCGGAACAAACCUGUUGUUAAUAGAGAUCCUGUGUCCAGUGAGAUGCUAAAAAUGCGCCAACAGCUUGAAUACAUGCAAGCAGAGCUCUCUUUACGGAAUGGAGGAUCCUCAUGUGCAGAGCUUCAGGUUCUAAAGGAAAGGAUUGCUUCCCUUGAAACUGCUAAUGAGAACCUUUGCCGAGAACUUCAUGAGUACCGAAGCAGAUGUGGUGGUGUAGAGCCUUCUGAAAAAGAUUUUAAAGACAUACAAGCUGAUGAAAUCGUGGGUUCUGUCAGACCAGAUGGGCUAAAAAGGAGCUUGCACAGUAUAGAGUCGUCUAAUUAUCCCAUGGCUGAAGCCACGAUAGGUGAUUCAAGGGAAGUAGAUGAAGAGGCAAAGGAGUGGGAGCACAAGCUCUUGCAAAACAGUAUGGACAAAGAGUUGCAUGAACUGAACCGUCGUCUAGAGGAAAAAGAGUCUGAAAUGAAGCUUUUUGACGGCUAUGAUCUGGCGGCGCUAAAGCAACAUUUUGGAAAGAAAAUUGCGGAGGUGGAGGAUGAAAAGAGAUCUGUUCAGGAAGAGAGAAACCGUUUGAUGGCUGAAAUUGAGAACCUUGCUUCUGAUGGUCAAGCACAGAAGUUGCAAGAUGUGCAUGCUCAGAAUCUUAAAUCCCUUGAAGCACAGAUUCAAGACCUUAAGAAAAAGCAAGAGAACCAGGUUCAGCUACUGAAGCAGAAGCAAAAGAGUGAUGACGCGGCUAAGAGGUUACAGGAUGAAAUCCAGUCCAUUAAGGCACAAAAGGUCCAGCUGCAGCAUAGAAUGAAACAAGAAGCAGAACAGUUUCGACAGUGGAAAGCCUCCCGGGAGAAGGAACUUUUGCAGUUACGGAAAGAAGGGAGAAAGAGCGAGUAUGAAAGGCAUAAGCUGCAAGCUUUGAAUCAGCGCCAGAAAAUGGUUCUACAGAGGAAGACAGAAGAGGCUGCGAUGGCGACCAAGAGGUUAAAAGAGUUGUUGGAAGCUCGGAAAUCUUCUUCUCGUGAAAACUCAGGUGGUACAAAUGGCUUUGGAACAAAUGUUCAGACCAAUGAGAAGUCGUUGCAGCGCUGGCUAGAUCAUGAGCUGGAAGUCAUGGUGAAUGUGCAUGAAGUACGUCAUGAGUACGAGAAACAAAGCCAUGUACGAGCUGCUCUAGCGGAAGAGUUGGCUGUGCUAAGACAAGUGGAUGAGUUUGCAGUGAAAGGGCUAAGUCCUCCAAGAGGAAAGAAUGGCUUUGCUAGGGCAUCAUCGUUGUCACCUAAUGCAAGGAUGGCGAGAAUAUCUUCACUUGAGAACAUGCUAGGGAUAUCUUCUAACUCUCUAGUAGCAAUGGCUUCACAACUUUCUGAGGCAGAAGAACGUGAGCGUGCCUUUACAAGCCGUGGCCGUUGGAACCAGUUAAGGUCAAUGGGAGAGGCAAAGAACUUGCUUCAAUAUAUGUUCAACUCUCUUGCGGAAACAAGGUGUCAAUUAUGGGAGAAAGAUGUAGAAAUAAAAGAAAUGAAAGAUCAGUUCAAAGAAAUUGUUGGCCUUCUGAGGCAGAGUGAGCUGAGAAGGAAAGAAGCUGAAAAGGAGCUUAAGUUAAGGGAGCAGGCACAUGCCACUUCCUUAGCUUCAUCUCCACUUGGAACCCCACCGAGCUCAGUGAAACACUUAGCUGAAGACCUGAGCGCACCUUCUCCAAUGACUGUGCCAGCACAGAAACAGCUCAAAUUCAGUCCGGGGAUUGCUAACGGGAAAGUGAAAGACUCAGCUGCAUUUAUCAAUGCAAACAAGAAGAUGGUACCAAUGGGACAAGUAUCUAUGAGGAAACUAUCAGCCAUAGGACAUCAGAGUGGGAGACUUUGGAGGUGGAAGAGAAGUCAUCACCAGUGGAUUGUCCAAUUCAAAUGGAAGUGGCAAAAGCCAUGGAGGCUUUCUGAGUGGAUUAGGCACAGUGAUGAAACACUUCUCAAGGCUAAACAUCGACAUAAGGCUCUCCCUAAGAAGAUAAUGUGA